AUGAAGAAGAAAUAUCAAGGGUCCUCUAAAGUAAAGAGGCAGCAACUACAAGCUCUACGUGUAGAAUUUGAAACAACUCGAAUGAAAUCAGGUGAAUCAAUCUCAGAUUACUUCUCUCGUGUGAUGACAAUUGUGAACAAGAUGUGCAUCAAUGGUGACAAAACUGAAGAAGUCAUUGUUGUUGAAAAGAUACUUCGGUCUUUUUCACCAAAUUUUAACUUUGUUGUAUGUGUUAUCGAAGAGUCCAAAGACAUUGAUGAGCUCUCACUUAAUGAACUACAAAGCUCAUUACUAAUCCAUGAGCAAAAGCUCAAACAAUCAGACACUGAGGAGAAACCUUUGAAGGUUUCUACCAAUACUCAUUCCAAUAGCUUUAGAGGAAGAGGUAGAGGUAGAAGCAAGGGACGAAGAGGAAACAUAAAUUCCAAUAGGAAUUAUAGAGGCCAUAAUGACCAGUUUUGA